CCCGCUUUGAGACCCAUGCCAGGCCCUGCGCGGCGUGCCCGACGCGAUGAAAGAAGUGGCGUCCUGGUCGCCCGAGGAGGUGGCGCGCUGGCUGGCGGAGAAUGCCGUGCCCGAGUACUGUGAGCCGCUGCGGAGCUUCACCGGGCGGGACCUCAUCAACCUGACGGCGGAGGAUUUCGAGCAGUCGCCGCUGGCGCGCGUGUCCGCGGACAGCGGGCAGCGGCUGCUGCACAUGAUCGAGGYGCUCAAGAUGGCCCACCACCUGGAGGCGCACAAGAACGGGCACGCCAACGGGCACGCGCACCUCGGCGCCAAGGUGCAGCUCAACGGGAUGCCCAACGGCUACAAGAAGGAGAUGAUCAAGAUCCCCAUGCCGGAGCCGGAGCGCUCGCAGUAUCCCAUGGAGUGGGGGAAGACUUUCCUGGCUUUUCUUUAUGCACUUUUUUGUUUCAUCUUCACCACGGUGACUAUCUCGGUCGUUCACGAGCGAGUGCCUCCCAAGGAGGUGCAGCCCCCGCUCCCGGACGCGUUUUUUGAUCACUUUGAUCGGGUGCAAUGGGCCUUUUCUAUUUGUGAAAUCAACGGCAUGAUCCUUGUAGGACUCUGGUUUGUUCAGUGGCUGCUCUUAAAAUACAAGUCUAUUAUAAGCAGAAGGUUUUUCUGUAUAGUUGGCACACUGUACCUGUACCGGUGUAUUACCAUGUACGUAACUACACUCCCAGUACCGGGCAUGCAUUUCAACUGCUCUCCAAAGCUUUUUGGAGACUGGGAAUCCCAUCUGCGCAGGAUAAUGAAGUUGCUCGCUGGCGGAGGGCUGUCCAUCACGGGCUCCCACAACAUGUGUGGUGACUACCUGUACAGCGGCCACACCGUCAUAUUAACGCUCACCUACUUAUUUAUCAAAGAGUAUUCUCCACGGCGCCUCUGGUGGUAUCACUGGCUUUGCUGGACGCUCAGCAUGGUUGGGAUGUUCUGCAUCCUCCUUGCUCAUGACCACUACACUGUGGACGUGGUGGUGGCUUACUACAUCACUACACGACUCUUCUGGUGGUAUCACACCAUGGCCAACCAGCAAGUGCUAAAAGAAGCUUCCCAAACUAACCUCCUGGCAAGGGUCUGGUGGUACAAGCCCUUCCAGUACUUUGAGAAGAACGUCCAAGGAAUCGUACCUCGCUCCUACCACUGGCACUUCCCCUGGCCGGUGCUCCACCGGGGUAGGCAAGUUAAAUACAGCAGAUUGGUGAACGACACAUAACAGCGUGUCCAAAAGACAAAAAAAAACCCACAACGUGGGGGGCAAGGACCUGUCCCAAGUGCUAAGAACUCCGUACGAGAAGAUGCCAUAAAACAAAACAAAAAAACCCUGCUCCCUAACCCUUUCUUUUAACAGUUACCUUGACUUUAACCUAUUCAGUUACCUGGUAAGCACUGUGAUCUUUUUUUCUCUCCAAAGGAUCUGCGUUGGACAACAAUAAAGAAAAUUUAACUUAUCAUGCACUGUUAUACAUUUCUUGUUAAUCGAUUUGGGAUUUGCAUUACCCAUCACCAUGUUCCUUUGUAUAUGAUGCGACAGCAUAGAUGAAAGCUUUUAUAUCAUAAGUUCUGGUCUUUCCAGUCACGUCUGGGAAUAAAGCAUAUUAUUUUCUUGGGAAAACAUACUUUUCAUAUCUCUUGCCCCAAAGAUUGGGCUGUAAGCCAUUUUCUAACAAAUGACUCUGUGAAGGUUUCUAAAUUACCUGCCUUGGGUAAAAAUGGAGAAAUCUUUCUACCUGUUGCACCGAGACAAAUAUAAGAUGAUAGACACAGGAAGGUUUGGGAAUCUCGAUUUUGUAGAAUCUGCAGUGACUGUGUCCAAAAGUGUGCAAAAAAAAAAAAGGAAAAAAAAAAAAAAAAGAUGUAGAGUGAUUUUCUAAGUAUUUCCUAACUUUAUUUUUCAAAAUGUGUAUGAAGAUUAAAUAUAAAAAGAUUUUUACAUGUCAGAGAAUAGAGAGUUAAAAUUUAAAAACAAAAAUGCUUCUUGGGAGAAAGAGAUUUGUCUAUGUUUCUAGUGCCUUUCUUGUCUUGAUUGUACGGUCAGUAGGCAGACAUAAAUGUUUUUAUUUAAAAUAAAGUAUUCCAUAAAAGCAGAGUAUAUAUACUGUAUAAUUACUAAUUUUUUUUUUUUUUUGCAUUUAUAGCUAAAUUAAACUGGAAAUUUGCUUAUAAGGUUGAAAUUGCCAUGUGUAGGGAAAAAGCAAAUGUAGAGGGUCUGAUCUUGUUCACACAUUGUGGGCAGGUCGUAUUAAAAGAUAUCACUUUAUUGUCUACUUGGUAGCUGUAUUUAAAAAAACAAAAAAACAAAAAAAAACAGCCAUGAAUUCCUGUUUUUUAAGAAUUUUACAAAUGAUCACUGAGUGAACUACGAAUGGUUUCUCCAGCCCGUGUUGAAAUGUUGUUGCAAAACAACAAAGAUAAUCUAUUUCUUUAAAAUAUUUGUGCAGAAACUGCAUGUAAUUAUACGUUUCACUCCUACCAUACAUAAUGUAUGUCUGGGGAAAUAUUCUAUGCUACGUGCAGAACAUGCCAAUGUGCAGAACAAAAUAGAUUUUUUAAGAAUGAAGAAGAAAAAUAUAUAUAAAUAUAUAUAUAUAUAUCCAGUCUGUAUUUUACGUGAAACAGAGUUAUCUUCUGUAGGGUUUUUGUGUAUUCACAAGGUGAUAUUUGUAUUGUAAAACAAAAAAUGGUGAAGGAAAAUAAAAAGGCUUUU